CGCAAAACGGGUGGCCGAACAUCAAAUAGCAGUUACCCGUUCACACAAAAACAAAAGUGUAAUAAAAGUGAUCUGUCACUGCUGGAAUUCAGUUUCAAAUGCAACACUCGACCGUUAAAACAGAAAAGAAACAAAAAGCGCGCUCGAACAGAACAGAACGGAACGGAAGAAAAUCGAAUGCACUUCCCCGACGUGAGAAGAAAUUAGCCACCGAAUAAAAACGUCUAGCAGUGAAAUUUUGGAAAACCAGAAAUAUUGAAUACCAAAUGUGUUGAUUAAAUAUCCAAAUAGUAAUCAGAUCUUAAGCGAAGCGCGUAAAGAUGUGUGAAUUAAUAAUUAUUUGAGGGGUUUUAUUUUGACAAAUCUUGGCUGUACCUUAAGUCACCCGCCCAUUGUCCAUCAAUCAUAAUUAUCGCCUGGAAAGUGCUAAAAUAUGUGUUAAUUUUAUUGCUUUUAAACAUUGUUCGAGUCCAGUUUUUCUGGGUGUGUUUGUGUGUGAAUGUGAAUAUUGGAACGCCUUCCAAGAGUUAAACGUUGAUAUUAUUUUCACCUUAAGUCAAUAUCUUGUGUAAAUAUCAGAAAAAUGAUUUCACGUUUAAGAUGCAAUUUAAUGAACAGCUAUUCAACAUCCGAUGAUGGUAAUCAGACUUCACCGGAAUCAGAUAAAUCUGUAAUGGAACCGCUGGCCGAUCCAAAGAAAUUCACCAAAUCGGUGUCAAUUGAUCCGGAACCAGAUUCAUUGGAUAGUGUACUCUCGAAUCCUCAUUCGUAUCCAAUAACAAUAAUUCCAAAUCGUCCCACCACCUACUAUGGCCUGACAAUGCACAAUGGCAAGCCGUUCACAAGGCAAGCGAGUUGCAGAUCCCGUAAUUUCCGACCCGGCAGCAUGCGUAAAGUGAGACGACGAGCUGUCUUCAAAAAUGGUGAUUGCAAUGUUCUGCAAAAGAAUUUGACACGAAGACGUUUGCGGUUUCUGCAAGAUAUGUACACCACCCUGGUGGACACACAAUGGCGCUGGACCCUGCUGGCCUUUGCAUUGUCAUUCAUAUUGUCUUGGUUGAUAUUUGCGGUGCUGUGGUGGCUGAUCAUGUACACCCAUGGUGAUUUGGAGGAGUUGCAUUUGCCACACAAUCAGGAGGAAAGUGGUUGGCAACCUUGUGUCUCGGCAAUUAAUGGUUUUACAUCGUGUUUCCUGUUCUCCAUUGAAACUCAACAUACCAUUGGUUAUGGUGUACGCACAACAUCGGAAGAAUGUCCCGAGGCCAUAUUCAUGAUGUGUUUCCAAUCCAUUUACGGUGUAAUGUCAUCGGCCUUCAUGGCUGGCAUUGUAUUUGCCAAAAUGACUCGUGCCAAACAGAGAGCCCAAACCCUACUGUUCUCGAAAAAUGCUGUCAUUUGCCAGAGGGAUGGUAGCCUUAGCCUCAUGUUCCGUGUUGGUGAUAUGCGUAAAUCGCACAUUAUUGGUGCCGGUGUAAGGGCCCAGUUGAUUCGCACCAAGACGACCAAGGAAGGCGAAGUUAUGACUCAACAUUUCACCGAUCUUGAAAUUGGAGCUGAUGACUGUGGAUCGGAUAUCUUCUUUAUUUGGCCCAUGGUUAUUGAACACAAAAUCGAUGAAAACUCACCACUCUAUAAUAUGUCUGCUACGGAUAUUCUGAAUGACAAAUUUGAAAUUGUGGUUAUUCUCGAGGGUACUGUGGAAUCUACUGGCCAAUCGACGCAGGCCCGUUCCAGUUAUAUUAAUACAGAAAUUCUAUGGGGUCAUCGCUUUGACCCUGUUGUGGUCUACAACAAAGAUCGUCAGGCAUACGAGAUUGAUUAUGCCCGCUUCAAUGAGACAACCCAAGUGGAUACACCCCUGUGCAGUGCUCGGGAUUUAAAUGAAAUUUACAAAAUCCAGGAAGGUUUCACAACACCAGAAACCACAUUUACCAUGCGUCAAUUGUCCCUCAAUCCAUCCGAACAGGCAUCAUAAAUGAUUUAUGACAGAAACCCCAACCCCUAAAAAAAGUAGACCCAUUCCAGCCAUAUUUUGAAUAGAAAGCCAAGCAAAUUGAUCGGUAACUCACUGCAGUAGGAAACCCCUACUUAGUUUACACGCUUAGAAAAAAGCAUAAAUAAAUUUAGAUAAUAAUGUCAAACUCCCAAACACCAUAAGAUCAAAUUCGCUGCCGAAUUGUCUUUUUCGUCAUUUUAAUCGAGUGAAAAACAAACAGCUCUAUUUGUGUUUCAGAACCAUAAAAAAUAUGUUUAUUUGUAACCAAUCCGAUCAUUUGUGUUUCUUUUUUUAUGACGGUACUAAUGUUAAAACCAUAUUAUUUUAGUUAAACGUUAAAUUAUUGUAAUGUAUUGUAUUUGUUGUAUUGUAUUGUUAUUUGGUAUUGUUGUGCUUGUCUUGCUGCGUAGAAAUAAAUCAUAAAAAAAAAAAACAAAACAAAUAAUAAAUUCGAAACAAAAUAGUUAGUUUUAAUAAUAUAAUCGUAAUAAAACACUUUGAAUAACUGUUAAAACCCAUUUAAUGAUUGCCUAUUAGCCUGUUGUAUUUUUU